AUGAAGGAAGUGAAAGUGUUGUGCUUGAACGGUGGAACUUGCGUAGAUGGCGUAAACUCGUAUCGGUGUCGUUGUCAGCGGGGUUUUACCGGGAGAAAUUGUCAGCAUCAAAUCGAUUUAGAGCAGUUCAAUGUCACAGAUCUUCUAGAGCAAGAAUUGUGUGCUAAGCACGACUGUGCUGCAAAGGCAGGUAACAAAGUUUGUGAUCAAACCUGCAACUAUUACGCUUGUAACUACGACGGUGGUGACUGCAGUGCUGGUAUAAAACCUUUUGAAAAAUGUCAGUCACCAAGUUACUGUGCUCAUGUCUUCAGAGAUGAAAAAUGUGACCUGCUGUGUAAUAAUCAAGACUGUUUGUUCGAUGGAUUUGACUGUGAUGGCAUUCCUGAAAGGUGCCCUAAAAACGAUUACUGUGCAGGUCAUUAUGGUGAUGGGCAGUGUGAUCAAGAAUGUAAUAUUAUCAGUUGUGGUUGGGAUGGCGGAGAUUGUAAUUUGAUUGAUUCUGAUACAUCGUUGACAGGAAAUAUAAUAGUGGUACUUCUGAUAAGUCCAGAAGAAUUUCUACAUAAUGCGCAAGCUUUCCUUUUCACUUUAAGUCAGAAGAUACGUGGAUCAGUGCGUAUUAGAAUUAAAAAUGGAAAACCGAUGAUAUAUUCAUGGAGCUCAGAAAAUGGUGUUGGACCAUUGUAUGAUGUAUCACCAGAACAGCAACAUCUACUCGUUUCUACUUUCCACCGUAUCAAACGACAGACAGAUAAUUUACGGGGUACAAUGAUAAUGAUUACUGUUGAUGUAACAUUUUGUCGUAAGAUUGACCGCGAGGAAUGCUUCACUGAUCUUUUCAGUGUGGAAUUACAAGAACUUGGUAUGCCAAUGUAUUCAGCUCGCGUUGAACUAGAUGACAGCAAACAAGUUAGCGGAUUGACUUGGCAAACUGUCUUGAUCUGUUUCUUGUCCAUUGUUGCUUCUAUUCUUGUUGCAUAUGUUAUGAUUCAGCAAGGACGAAAACGAAAAACACUUCAUGCUCGUAUAUGGCAUCCUCCUCCAUCAGAAAGCAAAUCUUCAACUGCAAAUUUGGAUACUUUUAGUAUGCAUAAUGGAUUCUUGUUCAAUAAUUACAAUAGUUCAAAGCGUUCUCGGAACGAUAAUGUACCCUCUAGCACUAGCAUAAGCCAUCCAAAUUUGUACAUCGGUGAAGAUACGCAAUCAUUUUUAAAGCCGAAAUCUCCAGGUGUUGAUGAAAGACAAUGGACAACUUUGCAUGAGUCUGCUGAUUCUACCAUGGCUAUUGCUUUACCAAUUGAUGCAUCAUUAGUAAACAUACGUGGAAAACAUGGACGUACACCAAUGAUGCAAACAGCGUCGAAUCAAGCAAAGAGCGAAGAAGCGUCUUGCGAAGAUAUUUGUAAUUUGUUAAAAGUUGGGGCAGAAAUUGAUGCGCAAGAUGAUAGUGAAGAUACAGCGUUGAUGCUAGCAGUAAAAAGCGGUCGAACAGCAGUUGUUGACUGUUUGCUAAAAAACGGUGCUGACCCAAGGUUAGUAGACGAGAAGGACCGUACUCCAUUACAUCACGCAGUUGCUGUAAAUAUUCCCAGUAUUGUGCAGUUGCUUUUGGAUACUAGAAAAAUUGAUGUUGAUGCAUUAGAUGAAGACAAUCGAACACCACUGAUUAUCUGUUCAAAGUUUGAUGUCCGAAUGGGUACAGAAAUAGCUGAAAUGUUAUUAAAAGCUAAAGCAGAUGUAUCCUGCGCAGGUAGUAAAACUUUAAUCAAAUAUGAUGGUAGAACAGCGUUGCAUUUUGCUGCUCAACAUGCUAAUUUGGAUAUUAUUCGGCUACUCAUCCAUAAUGGUGCAAAUAAGGAUGCGCAGGAUGCACUCGAUCAGACUCCGUUAUUUCUGGCAGCAUCUGAAGGUCAUCUUGAUGCUGUGGAAUGUUUGAUUAGUUUCGGUGCUAGCAAAGAAAUUACUGAUCAGAAGGAAAGAUCACCGCGUGAUGUUGCAGCGGAGAAGGAAUUUCGAGAUAUAGUACAUUACUUAGAUACAGUACUCACUCCAAGAAUUUUGCCUUCUAAUAUGACUACCAGUUUAACGCUCUCAGCACAGCAGCGGUUCAAAAAAUCACUGAGAAAAACGACAAGAAUGAUAAAGAAAAACCAGUCACCAGCAUAUCUACAAAAUGUGAUGACAGCAGCUCAAUCAGCAAAUCCACUAACUCCACCGAAUUCAGAUGGCUCUAAUUAUUCAACCACUCCAUCACCACAUGAUUCAAAUAUGGCAGUUAUACAGGGAACAGCAGUUGGAAUGAUACGUGGACCUAACGUGAUGCAGCCUGUAACAUCUCAUCCUGAAAGUACAGUGCUUCAGGCGUCUUCUGUUAUGCUUUCACCACACUCUGAUCAUCUCAGUGGUACCAGUCCACCACAAAUGGUCAAUACGAUGCAACAAAAUAGUUGGAUGCCAUCGAAAUUCCCGAAUUCAUCUGUGCAACAACAUUAUGAUGAAAAUUUAAUAUACAGUAAUGGAGUAUUACCGUUUGGUUAUGAUCAGAGAACAUUGCGGUUAUCGUAUUCUCGUCAUUCGUAUAUGUCUCACGUGCAGCAACCACCCGCGGCAUAUUAUAAUGUAUAG